GAGGGGUGCGGGCGCGGUGCAUUGUCUCUACAGAAGUGCGCAAGAGCCAAUGGAGAGGCGCGUGACAUAGUUUGGGCAGAAGGGGUUUGUCUCACCUGCUCGAAAUCAUUUCAAGAGGAGCGUGAACAGGACAUUUUCAGCUCACGACAAUUAAUAUGCACGUAUCGGACAGUUAACACUUCACUUUAGAUAACAGUGAUGAGCUCAAGUCUGGGCCAUGCGCCUUUCUGAGGUACAGCACCACUCCAGAAGCGCGUCAGUUUUGUUUGCUACAACUUGGCAACUCAUCACUUCGGGAUUUAACAGUGAGCGCGGAGCCCUUUCUACCGUUGAGCUGCUUUUUUAGGCAUCAUCAUGGAACUGAAAAAGAGCAAGAAAGUGUUGGAUAAUGCUGAAUUAAUCGUGAAGGAGUCAAUGUGAUUUCUGUUCUUCACUAUUUCCGUACAUUAAAUGGCACCGAUGUAAAAUUGCAUGGGCUCUGAGCAAUUCAAGGAAAAAUAUUUGUUUUUAAAAAAAUCUAUUCUGUUCCUUUGGGAAUAACUCGUGUUGCGUUGAAGUUUUAGGAAUUAAACAUCGAAACCUUCCAAGCUGUGCGUAACCGAAAGAACCGCGACGAUGGAGCACACGGGGAUCGAAGAAGUGAACCAGACCCACCAGCAGCACGAACCCAUCAGCUUUGGAAUAGAUCAGAUUCUCAAUGGCUCCGACCAGCCGAGUAGUUGCAUGCUGCCGAGCCGAACCGGCGACCCGGACUACGCGCUCGCGCCGAACGUCUAUGCCAACGGCUACAACAGCGUGUACAAUCCGGCCUGUUCGAUGGCGGCGGGACUGGCAGGUUCCUACAACGUAAACAUGAACAUGAAUGUGAGCAUGAAUAUGAACCUUAAUGUGAACUCAGGGAACGCAGGUGGUGUCAUCCGCGUCCCGGCCCACAGACCCAUGCCAUCCGCGCCUCACCCGCCGACUUCUGCCCAUCCACCGGGCAUCGCGGCGGGGAUACCCACCGUGCACACGGUACCCAGCAUGGGCAGCCCCGCCAGCUUCACGUUCCCCUGGAUGGAGAGCAGCAGAAGAUUUGCGAAAGAUCGACUGACCGCUGCUCUUUCACCAUUCUCCGUGACACGACGGAUCGGUCAUCCGUACCAGAACCGAACUCCACCGAAACGGAAAAAGCCCCGCACGUCGUUCAGCCGUGUGCAGAUCUGUGAGCUGGAGAAACGCUUCCACCGGCAGAAGUAUCUGGCGUCCGCGGAGCGCGCAACUCUCGCCAAGGCCUUGAAGAUGACAGACGCUCAGGUCAAAACCUGGUUUCAAAACAGAAGAACAAAAUGGAGGCAUGGCAUCUCUUUUGUGUACGCGGAAAGCUCAGAUCUCUCAAGGAGGCAGACCGCUGAGGAGAGAGAGGCUGAGCGACAGCAAGCCAACCGUCUGAUGCUGCAGCUACAACAGGAGGCCUUUCAGAAGACCCUGAGUCAGCCGCUCCAACAAGACCCUCUCUGCCUACACAACUCCUCGCUUUACGCCCUGCAGAACUUACAGCCUUGGGCAGAAGAAAACAAGCUACCCAUCUAAGAGAGGGAGGGGCUUUGUCCUUUCCAACCCAAAACUGCAAAGCUGUAUGAUGAAUUUCACCCAUCAAGACUGCUGUUCGUCUACGUGCCAUUUGGCAUCAAGGAGACUGACUCAACCCCAGACUCGUUCAUUCUUGUUCUUUUUGUGUUCUUUUUUUUUUUUGGACUUUGUAAGAUGUGUUUGUGAUGCAUGUUCUCUACAUUUCCUGUAUGAAGAGAUGAACUAAAAACUGUUAGUUCUGUCAAGCUGGAGUCCUAAAACGCACUUUGGAAGCAAUUACGAAGGCGCUUUCUCUGGAUUCUUCAUGACGUGACGUUUAAAGGUGUUUUAUAUUAAAAGGAAUUGUGACUUCUAAAACUUGUUUCAUCCUUUGUAAAAUUAAUUUAGAAUAAUAUUAAAGGCGAAAUGUGCCAUUUUUGCACAACUAAGAUAAAAUAGCAGAAAUAAUGAUAGAAAAAUCCUACACUCUCAAAAAUAAAGGUUCUUUAUUGGCAUUGAUGGUUCCAUGAGGAACCUUUAACAUACAUGGAAUCUUUCCAUUACACAAAUGGGUUCUCUAUAGUGGAAAACGGUUCUUUAGAUUGUUUGCUUUAAGGAUUGUUCACUGAAAGGUUCUUUGGGGAACCAAAAAUGGUUCUUCUUUGGCAUUACUUUGUAAACGCCCUGUUGGAAUGGAACCUUUAUUUUUAGGAGUGUAAACUCAUGCACUUGGUUGAGCCAGUGUGGCCAUAUUGGGCUGAUUGGGAUGGUAAACAGAACAAUGUUUUUGUAGUGUCACCACCAUUUUUUUUUUUUUUUGGUUGAGGAAAUCAAACAACAAAUGGCUUAUUUUAACAGAGAUAAAAACAUGCCACUUUACAUUUUACUACCUAUAUUUAGCCCAUAUCAUCAUUCAUUGUCAACUUGUAAAAACCUGCUGGUGAGAACCUGUGAGUUCAGUUUGUAUACAAAAAACAGAGUCCUUGACAAGGAUUUUGAAGGCAUUCAUCACCCAUGUCCACCCAGACACCGUAGGGGCGUAAACAACUGAUGGGAUCUCUGUGAGCCAAGACAGCAGUCAAAACAGCAGUUUCCUCAUUGGUUACCACAGCAGAGUGAUAGCCACGUAACACAGGGAGGGGACGUGGAAUCAUAGCAGUUUUAUUCGCAGUAAAUGAGCCUUUACAUUCUAUUCUACACAUGACUGCAUCUCCCAGGAAAUGCUAAAGCGCUAAACUGAUUACAGCGCUCUACAGCCUGUGGCUUACAGAAAGGAAUCAGUAGUUGAACAAACCACAGACUGGGAACACAGCUGGAAAACAUGCAUUUUUCAAUGGGAACAAUAAUUCUGCUGAAUGUGUGUGAUUGGCCCAUUUUAAAAUUCAUUACAAAUAAUAAUUUUCCAAUUUUGCUCUUGGCAAGCAAAUUAAAGAUAUUAAAAUCUUGCAAAC